UUGGCACAGAGCUAACAACUACUUUAUCCAAUACUCUGUCGAUCCAACGAGUCGCACGCCAAACCAAAUGAUGCAUCGUUGGUCAACGAUUCAACUGUCCGUCAACAAGUUCUGCGGGUGCGUUGCUCAGAUUGAAGGAAGACAAAGAUCUGGUACGGGAAUUAUUGACCAGACUGCAGAAGUAAAAGAAUUAUACCAAUCUCUUUAUGGUAAACCAUUCGUGUUUGAUCAUUGCUGGGUUGAGUUGCGUCAUCAUCAAAAGUGGAUCCAACAAAUGGAAACUUACAAUAAGAUUCGAUCACAGCCGAGAAGAACCACAAACUCUGAUUCCUCACCAAACAAUUCCAUGCCAACGACCCCCAUCGGGUUGAACAUUGACUCGGAUGAUGUGGUAGUAAGGCCUGAAGGGAGGAAAGCGGCAAAGCUCAAGAGGAAACAAAAUGUGGAAAACUCUGGAUCCGCUACGUCCAUCAUGGGAGAGGCUUUCGCGUGGAUGAAGCAAAACGCCAAUCAAAAAAUAGAGCUAAAACAGAAGAAACAAGAUGACGAUAUCAUGAAGAUGGAUCUCUCAACACUCAAUUCAGUUCAACGACAAUACUUUGAAAUGCGUCAGGCAGAGAUAUUGGAGAGGUGGAUGUCCAAGGAUUCUUCCUAAUUAUCAUAUAUUAUCUUGUAUUAGAUUUAUGAUUGUACUCGCAUCGCAUCCUAAUUAGUUCUUCCUAAUUAUCUUGUAUUAGAUUUAUGAUUCUACUUGAAGUUGAAAAAUUUGGCAUUUAAUGAAAACAACUACUUCAUUGAAAAGAAAAUUGGCGUAGUACAACAACUCGAACUUCUUUGCUGAAAUUACAUUAGAAACUUAAUCCUCGUCGAUGGAUCCCUUGAGCUGCCACAGAUGCUCGAUCAAAUCAUUCUUUAGUGAUUUGUGUGUUUGCGUGUUCCUGAUCCGAUGAUGAUUUUGGAUGAACUCAGUUAGAGGCACCGUCUGCACAUGAGAAGGUUCAACGACUGGUAUCGAAUCAUUAAAGUCGAAGUUGUUGUCCAAUUGACAAUCUCGUUCAUCUUCAACGAUCAUGUUAUGCAUUAUGAUGCAAGCUGUCAUGAUGUC